UGUAUGAGCUCACCAUGCGGUAACAAUGGGUCGUGCAUCGAUUUCCAUGGAUACUUCACUUGCUCGUGCUACGAAGGCUUUGUAAAUCUUCAGCCUCAGCAGUGCUUUGACUUCAACGAAUGCUCGUCAGCCAGCCCUCCAUGCCAGAACAAUGGAACAUGUCUGAACACAGUUGGAAGUUUCCAAUGCACCUGUCCUAGUGAUUACUAUGGAGUUCGCUGCCAGACAUACAGUCACCCUUGCUUCAGCUCUCCGUGCAAGAAUGGUGGCUCAUGCUAUGGUUAUGGUGACAGCAGUUUGGACUUCGAAUGCAUUUGCCAGCCCGGCUACAAAGAUAGCCUCUGCUCCACUGAGGAAAACAAAUGUGAGAGCUACCCGUGCGAGCCAUUCGGCAAAUGCAAUGACCUCGGUCCAUCCAGCUAUACAUGCUCCUGCUUGCCUGGCUUCACAUCUGUCUAUGGCAAUGAUACUUUCUACGAGUGCAAACAGAAUCUAAGCAGUUGUUCCCCCCAAUCGUGGUGCAUGAACUUGCCUGGAAGAUACCAGUGCAUCUGCCCGCCCGGAAAGGUGGGACUCUUCUGUGAAAUGGAGGUGCUGUUGUGCAUGAGUUCCCCGUGCGGAAACAACGGAUCAUGCAACGACAUCUUCAACAACUACACGUGUUCCUGUUAUGAAGGUUUUCGGAGUGAUGGACAUCAGCUGUGUGUUGACGAAUGUUCUAGCUUUACACCUGCAUGCCAGAACAAUGGAACAUGCGUGAACACCAUUGGAAGUUUCCACUGCAGCUGUCCCGCUAAUUACUACGGACUCCACUGCCAGAUUUACAGUUGGGUUUUGUUGGCCAUUUGUGUUUAA